AUUCAGUGUAGGUGUGCUCUACGCAUUGGCUGCCAUAAGGUUGUAUUUGCCAUCAUUCUUAUCACAGGCUUCAAGCCACUUACUGAGAGACUGAUCUGUGCCGUUUACUGAGUUUACCAUGUCUCAGCCUUAUUCUAAUCCUGGAGCUGUGCCUCCUGGUUUGGAAUACCUGACACAGAUUGACCAGAUAUUAAUUCAUCAAAAAAUUGAGCUCCUUGAGGCAAUUAUUGGCUUCGAAACUAAUAACCAGUAUGAGAUAAAGAACAGCAUGGGUCAGAUAAUCUACAAUGCCAAAGAAAUGAAUGACUGCUGCACACGUAAUUGCUGUGGUGCUCUGCGCAGCUUUGAACUGAAGAUAAAAGAUAAUAUGGAUCAAGAAGUGAUGCAUUUGAUCAGGCCCUUCCGCUGCACUUCCUGCUGUUGCCCCUGUUGUCUUCAAGAGAUGGAGGUGCAGGCUCCACCAGGCAAUACAAUCGGCUACGUCAGUCAAGACUGGCACAUGUUUAAGCCCAAAUUCUCCAUCUAUGACAUGUCUAAAACAAAAGUGCUGUCCAUUGAGGGGCCUUUGUGUGCCAUCAGCUGCUGUGGGGAUGUGGAUUUUGAAGUUCAAGGCAAGGAUGGACAUCCUGUAGGUCGUAUCAGUAAACAGUGGAGUGGCCUGAUAAAAGAAGGACUGACUGAUAGUGAUAAUUUUGGCAUUAACUUUCCCAUGGACCUGGAUGUGAGGAUGAAAGCAGUUCUGAUGGGGGCAUGUUUCCUUAUAGACUACAUGUUCUUUGAGAGCACCGGUGACUCUGGCCAACGAUGCAGUGUGUUUGGCUGAUAGUGAUGCAAAAAAGCGCAAGAUUCAACUGCGUAACAAUUUAAAUAAAAUGUAUCUGUCUAGUGUGGUUAGCACUUGUAUGUAUUUGUAUUUUACAAAUGUGGUACCCGGAGUGGUCACACAUUUUUUCUAAACAAAUGUUAAAUAUUUUUUCCUCUAUUUUAUUUAAAAAUAUACAGUAAAUAAAGCAUUUCCUAGACUCUUGGCUCUCAAAAAUGCCUUCUGACUGUGAAGAGUUUAGUAUUUUGUAGUUUUAGGACAUAUGAUCUCACUUCCACAGUAACUGU